AUGGCCAGAGACGUCAGUCCUCUGAGUCUCCAGCCUUUGUCUGUGAGGAACCGACAAUGGGUUGGAGCCUCUUUGGGUUUUGUUCUGCCUUUCUUCCCCCUACGUUCUCUAAUUUUCUGCUACUUCCUGUCUUGCGCAGCUGCAGCAGGCAGUUUGCCUGGUAUAGAAUAUAGCUAUGGCAUUAGUCCCAAAUUUGUUUGCACCCCAAUUCCCCCAGAUGCAGAUCCCAGCUGCUAUUCCCCACCCAGUGUGCCCCAUGGACCCAGCAGUAAUGGCCAUAGUAACGGUCACAAUGGCAGCAACCGGCGAGGCAUGAUGUCUGACGAGGCCAAAGCCACCAUCUUACAUCUGCGAGAAAGCCUUGUGAGGCAGAAGGAGACCAUCCUGGACCAGCGGGAGACCAUCAGGGAGCUGACUGCCAAGCUCACCUUGUGCGAAGGCUUCGGUGGGCACCAUGGUAUUGGUAAUCAUGAUAACCACCAUGAUACCCAUCACGACAACCAUCAUGAUACCCAUCAUGAAAAUCAUCAUGACAACAACCACGAUGACCACCACGGGCAUCACGGCAGCCACCACGCAUCAUCAUCACCACACCAUGGCCCUUCAGCGUAUCACAGCAAUGAUCACCACUACUCCCACGGUAACCACAGACCAGACACCCACCACAGGAAGGGAUCAUCAUACAGCAAACACAACUCCUUCUCUCCCGAGCAAACGGGCAAAACCCUGCAGACACUGAAGGAGAGGCUGGAGAACCUGCAGGCGAGGAACUCUUCCAGCUCCUACUCCAGCUCCCUAAGAGAACUCCUCCAGCGGAAAAUCAACGCCCUAGAGGAGCAGCUGCACAGCUACUACCGAGAUCACCAUGACUAUGGCCACCAUAACGACCAUCACGGUGAUCACCACGACGAUCACCAUGACGACCACCGCAGUAGCAGCAACUACGAUGACCAUCAUGAUGAUCAUCAUGAUGAUAACCAUGACAGCCGGCAUCACGGUCACUAUGACGACCAUCACAGCGACCACCACGAUGACCAUCACAACGACCACCACGAUGACCAUCACAACGACCACCACGACACUGAUCACCACGACAUUCACCACGAACUUGGCCACCACGAUGACCACCACAAUGAUCACCAUGAUGACAAGCACCACAGCACCGACCACCAUGAAAGCCACCACGGCAGUGAUCAUCACCCACGGCGACUGCCUUUCAACAGCAAAGAGCCGAGUGCCCGGGGCACCGGGCACAACAAACUGGAAACAGUGCUUGGCCAACUGCACCAUGGCAACAAUGACCACGACCACAAGAAGCUAAAAAGUCCUAGUGCUUUCCUGCUCGACUUCCCCAUGAGGACCAACUACAUGUAUGGCAGGAUGAAGCGGCCGGUGGUCAAAGAGAUCUUUGCCCUGACCAUCUGCCUGUGGCUGAAGGCAGGGGCAGGUCCAGGCCUCGGCACUCCCUUCUCCUACGCAGUACCAGGGCAAGCCAAUGAGCUGGUGCUCGUCGAAUGGGGUAGUAACCCCAUGGAGCUGCUAAUCAACGACAAGGCGGUGACAUUGCCCAUAACCAUGACAGAUGGGAAAUGGCAUCACGUGUGUGUGACGUGGUCGACACGUGAUGGCGUCUGGGAGGCCUACCAGGAUGGGGUGAAGAAAGGCUCGGGGCAAAACCUGUCACCCUGGCACUCCAUCAAACCAGGGGGGAUUUUCAUCCUGGGGCAGGAGCAGGACACAAUGGGUGGCCGCUUCGACGUCACUCAGUCUUUCAUGGGGGAGCUGUCAGAUCUUCAGUUCUGGUCCAGAGUCCUGACACCAAACGAGAUCUACAGCCAGGCGACCUGCGCAGGCCACCUCAUCGGUGACAUCAUGUCCUGGUCGGAGGAAUCGGUGGAGCUCCACGGCGGGCUCACCAAGUUCCCCUUUGAGCCCUGCCACUAAGGACUGACGCUGGACCCUCACACACAAAUCUGUAGCAUCAUCUGUGUCAGA